AUGAUCAGUUUUAUUUGGUAUUUAUUCUUUGAAAGAUUGACUGAUAGUGUUUUGUCUGGACGGAGAGCGCGAGUUGUUUUUGAUUCUGGAGGAAAUGCUAUGCAGGACGAAUCUUUAAUUGAAAGUGACCAUUUUAUAAAGAAAAAACCUGGUAAAGGAGUGAUUGUUGCUACAGCAGUUCCAUGGUCUAAAUUAUUUAGACAUCCCUCCUUUUGGGCCGCUUCUUUAGCGCAAUAUUGUGGAGCAAAUGCUUAUUUUACAAUGUUCAGUUGGUUGCCUUAUUAUUUCUCUGAUAAUUUUCCUCAAGCAACGGCGUUUGUGUAUAAUGUUGUUCCUUCAUUAGCUAUUGUUUUUACUUCACUUUUUGCCCCUUAUUUUGCCUCAAAGUUGUUAACACAUGGCUGUUCUAUUACCUUUACACGAAGAUUUAUGGAGAGUGUUUCUCUUAUUGGAAUGGGAACUUGUCUUUUUCUCGUCUCCCUUUCUUCACGAUUUACAAUUUCUUUGGCACUUUUCACUUUAGCAAUGGCUCUUAGAGGUUUGCACCAUGCUGGUGUUUCUGUAAAUCCACAUGACUUUGCUCCUGAUCAUACUGGCUCUGUUUUUGGGAUUUUCAAUGCUUUCUCGGCAAUAACCGGAUUUAUUGGUGUAUACAUGGCCGGUUGGAUUUUACACUCAUCGGACAAUCAGUGGGCAUAUGUUUUUAUUUUUACUGCAUUGCAGUGCAUAAUUGGGGCCUUUGUUUAUGGCCUAAAAGGAACAGGAAGCAGAAUAAUUUGA